AUGUCUUCCAAUCCACGCAGAACGCCGGUGACUCGUUCCGGCUCGAGGGGCCUGAGCAUUAAGACCAAUGUGGUCCUCAAGAAGGGUGCCACCUUCCACUCCCCAACUACCCCGCUGGAGUCUCCCGAGCCCGUCUUUACGCCGCCUUCGCUGCCUCGCCGGUCGCACACCAACCUGGACGAUGUCAUCGAUGCUCAUCGUCGUCGCGUUGCUCUGACCCUCGGCGACAUCGACAAGACACUUGCCGGCCUUCGCAAGGACGACGCUCCCCUCUCGCCUGGCCGCAAGACUUUGCGAGACGAGACACUCCCGCUCCCGCGAGGCGUGCUUGACCACACCCUUGACUCGGUCAUGGCCAAGGAGCAGCCGGCCGAGCGCCGGAUGCUCCGGCCUCGCACCCGUCGCUCUUCCCGUUUCCAUGAGUCGGAUAGCGGCCUGGGAACUUCGAUUGCUUCGACUAGGGAGAAGGAGGCUGCCGCUAGGAAGGAUAAGGUGGGCCGGACAACUGCGGUUACCCGAUCGGCUGCAGCCCGCUCGGCCACCGCCGCGAGCGCCGCCGGUCUCAGCUCCCGCGCCACGAGCCGCAUCUGCGAGUAUACUCUCAAGCCCCUCCUCGGCAAAGCCGGCUUCAAGGAUUUCCACCCGCUCCUUCUUGAGUGCCCGCGGAAGAUCCAGGAGAGGCAGAUUGUUUGCCUCAGGGAUCUUGAGAAGACGUUGCUUCUCGUUGCUCCAGAGAGGACCAAGGACUCGGAACUCUACCUCGACUUCUGCCUCACCACCAUCCGGUGCAUCCAGGCCACUGUUGAAUACCUCAGCGACCGGGAGCAGACUCGCCCGCGAGACGUCCCGUACACAAGCGGGUAUUUCGUCGACCUCGUCGACCAAAUACGCAACUACGCCCAGCAACUUGCUGACGCUAAGGAGAAGGAGAACCAGGACGAGAUGGAUGUGGACCCCACUGAUGAGAUUAAGCUCCACGGAGGCAUCCACAUCAAUGGACGGCCCGCUGAGCUCGUCCGCGUCAAGAGGAACGGCAAGAUGAUCUCCAUGGCUACUGGCGAGCCGAUUGACAAGAUCGACGAGGAAGCCGAUGGCACGGUACGCUUCAAGCGCUCCGCUAGCCAGGAGCUCGAGGAUGAAGAGGAGAUCAUGCGCUCCAUGGCUAGGCGCAAGAAGAACGCCAGCCCUGAGGAGCUUGCGCCCAAGAAAUGCCGCGAGCCCGGCUGCAACAAAGAGUUCAAACGCCCAUGCGAUCUGACCAAGCACGAGAAGACGCAUUCGCGCCCUUGGAAAUGCCCGGUCCCCACUUGCAAGUACCACGAAUACGGAUGGCCGACCGAAAAGGAGAUGGACCGCCACAACAACGACAAGCACUCCUCCAGCCCGCCCAUGUACGAGUGCCUUUUCAAGCCGUGCCCGUACAAGUCCAAGCGCGAGUCCAACUGCAAGCAGCACAUGGAGAAGGCUCACGGCUGGGUCUAUGUCCGCACCAAGACCAACGGCAAGAAGGAGUCGAGCGUCAACGGCAACUCGGCCCACCCCACGCCUCAGCUCCAGAACAUCCCCACCCCAUCCAGCGAGCACAGCAUGGGAGUCGCUACUCCCCCGGAUACCUGGGGCCCGAUUUACGGGGGCAGCAACCUCGAUUUCCCUGCUUACAUGCCCAGCGAGACCGACUUCGGCAUGAUUCCCCAGGAGCUGUCGCUUGAUUACUCGCCCGUUGACAACCCGACCCCGUCGACGGAUUCUGGGAUGGACCACAGCUCGGCCUACCAAGAAAUCGGAACGGACUUCUCUCUGUAUGACGACAUCUACAAUGCCCGCGUGCAGCUGCCCACUCCUCCCCCACUUCUCACCAACGCCUACCCCAAGGACGUGGCUCAGCAGUUCCUGUCAUACACUGCAGCAGACCUCUGCCAGCCCCAACCUGCGCAGCUUUCGCCGAUUGGCCAAGGCAACACCAUGCUCUACACCCCCAACUCGCUCGCUGAAGUGGACGAGGGCUUUGAUGAGCGCGGCGAGUUUGCCGCCAUUGCCAACGCAGUCAACGGCGGCGACUUCAUCCUGUUCCCGCACGGUGGAGUCUCGAAGCCCAUGUUCAACGAGUCCCUUUUUGCGAACACCGAUCUUCCGGGCAUGACUGCGAACCACGGUCAGCCGUCAUCCCAGGAUCUGCUGAACGCCUUCAACGUUGACUGGCCUCCACAUGACCUCAACGCCUACUACCCCCAGUACUAA